ACGCUUCAAACCGGUCAAAACACACUGCACUGGUUAUGAAACUGAGAGAGUGUAACCCAGCACAUUAUAACACAACCUCUCCCGAGGCGAAUGGGUAUUGACAGUUUUUGCAGUUUGGACGGUUCUGACCCAUUCUGGGAUUGGAACCGGACGUGGCAAACGCAGAACCCAGAUCUGACGCCAUGUUUCCAGAACACAGUGCUGGUUUGGGUACCCUGCCUCUACCUCUGGCUGCUUGCACCCUUCUACGCUGUAUACCUCAAAAGUCAUGCUCGUGGAUACAUAUGCAUGACCCAUCAAAACAGAGCCAAAACAGUUAUCGGGUUUACCCUGUGGCUUAUCUGCUGGGCAGAUGUUUUCUACUCUUUCUGGGAAAGAAACCAAGGUGCUGCUUUACCCCCCGUCUACCUAGUCAGCCCCACGAUGCUUGGCAUCACAAUGUUGCUGGCUACGUUUUUCAUCCAGUACGAGCGGAUAAAGGGGGUCCAGUCCUCAGGGGUGAUGCUCAAUUUUUGGCUGAUCACUAUAGUGUGCGCCACUGUGACCUUUCGCUCCAAGAUCCUGCAUGCACUGAAUGAACCUGCCAGUGUGGAUGUGUUCAGAUAUACCACUUUCUACAUUUAUUACACCCUGCUGCUCAUCUCUUUCAUUCUGUCUUGUCUGUCCGAUCAGCUUCCUCUAUUCUCAAAGGCAGUCAAAGACUCGAAUCCAUGUCCAGAGUUUGGAGCCUCCUUCCUGUCCAAUAUCACAUUCUGGUGGAUUAACAGGUUGAUGGUGCAGGGUUAUAAAAGGCCUUUAGAAGAAAAGGAUUUGUGGUCUCUCAACGCAGAGGAUAAAUCUCAGAGAGUGGUGCCGCAGCUGGUGCGGCGCUGGGACAAAGAAUGCAGUAAGGUUAAAAGGCCGGUCAAUAAAACAGUCUACUCACCAAAAAGAGCAGCAAAGGGAGAAAAGAAAGACGGACAACCAAUAGAGGAGUCCGAGGUUCUACUUAUAAAAGCACCUAAAAGCGGCGAGCCUUCUCUCUUCUUUGCUCUCUGCAAAACCUUUGGACCAAACUUUCUCAUCAGCUCUCUUUAUAAGUUCAUUCAUGACGUCCUGAUGUUUGUUGGACCGGAAAUUCUCAGAAUGCUGAUUCAGUUUGUGAAUGAGCCCAACUCCCCCUACUGGCAUGGCUUCUUCUACACCACCCUUCUGUUUGUUUGUACCUGCGUGCAAACGCUCAUUCUGCAGAAAUAUUUCCAUGUUUGCUUCAUGACCGGCAUGAGGUUACGCACAGCCAUCAUUGGCGCCGUUUACAGGAAGGCUUUGGUCAUUACAAAUGCUGCACGGCGAACAUCAACUGUAGGAGAGAUCGUGAAUCUCAUGUCCGUCGACGCUCAGCGUUUCAUGGACCUCAUCACCUACAUCAACAUGAUCUGGUCGGCCCCUUUGCAAGUCAUCCUGGCCCUCUACUUCCUGUGGCAGAAUCUGGGUCCUUCAGUGCUCGCUGGAGUCGCAGUGAUGGUGCUGAUGGUUCCGAUAAAUGCUGUCAUUGCCAUGAAAACGAAAACAUACCAGGUUGCCCAGAUGAAAAGCAAGGACAACAGGAUCAAGCUUAUGAAUGAGGUGCUGAAUGGCAUUAAAGUGCUGAAACUCUACGCAUGGGAACUGGCCUUCAAAGAUAAAGUAUCUGCCAUCAGAAAGAGUGAAUUGAAUGUGCUGAAGAAGACUGCUUACCUGGGCGCUGUGUCCACUUUCACCUGGGUCUGCGCGCCGUUUUUGGUUGCCCUCUCUACAUUCGCUGUGUAUGUGUUGGUGGAUGAACACAAUGUUCUGGAUGCGCAGAAGGCGUUUGUGUCUCUGGCUCUGUUCAACAUCCUGCGCUUUCCUCUCAACAUGUUGCCUAUGGUCAUAAGCAGCAUGGUGCAGGCCAGCGUGUCUUUGAAGCGUCUGCGUGUGUUUCUGUCCCAUGAGGAGUUGGAUCUAGACAGCGUGGAGCGGCCAGCUAUCACUGCAUCUCCGGACAGCAUUAGGAUUGUAGACGGAGCAUUCAGCUGGUCUAAAGAUGACCCCCCUUCUUUAAAGAGGAUUAAUGUGCAGAUCCCAGAUGGUGCACUGGUUGCUGUGGUAGGCCAUGUGGGAUCGGGGAAAUCCUCUUUGCUUUCAACUUUGCUGGGGGAGAUGCAGAAACGGGAAGGAUCUGUCUCCAUCAAGGGCUCUGUGGCGUAUGUGCCCCAGCAGGCCUGGAUCCAGAAUGCAACUCUCAAAGACAACAUUUUGUUUGGACGGGAAGCAAACGAGACCUGGUACCAGAAAGUGUUGGAGGCCUGUGCUCUUCUACCAGAUCUAGAGAUCCUACCUGGAGGAGACUUGACGGAGAUUGGAGAGAAGGGAGUGAAUCUGUCUGGAGGUCAGAAGCAACGUGUGAGUCUGGCUAGAGCUGUGUACUGCGGCUGUGCCGUUUACCUGUUGGAUGAUCCGCUCUCUGCGGUGGACGCUCAUGUGGGAAAACACAUCUUUGAGAAGGUCAUCGGCCCUCAGGGGGUGCUACAGGGCCGGACUCGAGUUCUGGUUACCCACGGGCUGAGCUUCCUGCCACAGGCAGAUCUGAUCCUGGUGAUGGUGGAUGGAGAGAUAACUGAGAUGGGGUCUUACACUGAGCUUAUGGACAGACAGGGUGCUUUUGCCGAGUUUCUGCAUACUUACUCCAACACGGAACAGGAGGAGGAGGAGGAGUCAGUGGGAGAGGAGAGUGAGCAGACAGAAGCCGUGAAAGAGAAAACUGAAGACGCGGUUCCAAAGAAAGGACUGGAGAACGGUGGCCCUGCCGCUCAGCUGAGACACAGUCAGAACUCUUUGAAUGCAGCAGGCACAGGCAAAAGCCCGCAGAAGACUGAAGCCAAUGAUGGUACAGCCAAAAAAGUCAAAUCUGCAGAAUCUGCCCGACUUACAGAGGCAGACAAGGCCAAAACUGGAAGGGUGAAGCUGUCUGUAUUUUGGGAAUACAUGAAGGCUAUUGGUGUGCCCCUGUCUUGCUUUAGUAUCUUUCUGUUCCUCUGUCAUCAUCUGGCCUCACUGGGCUCAAACUAUUGGCUCAGUCUUUGGACAGACGACCCUGUUAUCAAUGGCACCCAGCCCAACAGAGAGAUGCGUUUAGGAGUGUACGGAAUGCUUGGUCUUUUUCAAGGUAUUUCAGUGUUCUGUUAUUCCAUCUCCAUAUCCAUCGGUGGGGUACUGGCCUCCCGUUACCUUCACAAGACUAUGCUCUACAACGUUCUGAGGUCGCCCAUGUCUUUCUUUGAACGCACACCUAGCGGCAACCUGGUCAACCGGUUUGCCAAAGAGAUGGACACCAUUGACUCGGUCAUCCCUAGCAUCAUCAAAAUGUUCAUGGGCUCCAUGUUUAAUGUGGUGGGCUCAUGUGCUGUAAUCCUCGUUGCUACACCGCUAGUGGCCAUCAUCAUUCCUCCUCUGGGUCUGCUGUACUUCUUUGUGCAGCGAUUUUACGUUGCGUCCUCACGCCAGCUGAAGCGUCUGGAGUCAGUGAGUCGCUCUCCAGUCUACACGCACUUCAAUGAAACCCUGCUGGGUACCAGUGUGAUCCGAGCAUUUGGAGAGCAGCAGAGAUUCAUCAGAGAGAGUGACAACAGGGUGGAUCAUAACCAGAAAGCCUAUUUUCCCAGCAUCGUCGCCAACAGGUGGUUGGCGGUGAGACUGGAGUUUGUGGGUAACUGUAUUGUAACGUUCGCUGCGCUCUUUGCUGUGAUGGCCAGGGACAGUCUCAGUCCAGGUAUCAUGGGUCUGUCUAUCUCCUACGCUCUACAGGUCACAACUUCUCUGAACUGGCUGGUGCGGAUGUCCUCUGAGGUGGAGACCAAUAUAGUGGCGGUGGAGAGGGUGAAGGAAUAUGGAGACACCGAGAAAGAGGCUGAAUGGAGUUUAGAGCACUCUACUCUACCUGCUGGCUGGCCCACAAAGGGCCACAUUGAAAUACGCAACUUUGGCUUGAGAUACAGGGAGGACUUAGAGCUGGCCAUUCGUGAUAUUUUGGUCACCAUUGAGGGAGGAGAGAAGGUGGGAAUUGUGGGUAGAACAGGAGCAGGGAAGUCCUCUCUGACAUUAGGACUCUUCCGCAUCAUUGAAGCAGCGCAGGGAGAGAUCUGGAUAGAUGGCGUGAACAUCUCUGAACUCGGCCUGCACGAACUACGGUCCAGAAUCACAAUCAUACCUCAGGACCCAGUGCUGUUCUCAGGUUCCCUGCGUAUGAAUCUGGACCCGUUUGAUUGUUACACCGAUGAGGAGGUGUGGAGAGCCCUGGAACUUGCACAUCUCAAGAACUUUGUGUCGGGGCUGCCCGACAAGCUGAACCACGAGUGUUCAGAGGGAGGAGAAAACCUCAGUUUGGGUCAGAGGCAGCUGGUUUGUCUGGCUCGAGCACUUCUCAGGAAGACCAAGAUUCUGGUUUUGGAUGAAGCCACAGCAGCUGUGGACCUGGAGACGGACAAUCUGAUUCAGUCCACCAUCAGAACUCAGUUUGAGGACUGCACUGUUCUGACCAUCGCACAUCGCCUCAACACCGUCAUGGACUACACUAGGGUUCUGGUACUCGAUAAAGGCCAGAUGGCUGAAUUUGAUUCUCCGUCCAAUUUAAUCGCUAAGAAGGGAAUAUUCUACAAGAUGGCCAAAGACUCAGGUUUGGUCUGAUAGUAAGUUGAGCCAAAAGCCUUCUGCUGCCUCUAGGACAUAUUACAGGUCUGUGGAGUGUAUGGAGAAGAGAACCUGUUUUACGCCUGGAGCUCAAAUCCAGUACAGUGUGACUAUGAAUCGACCACUCCACAGAAACUGUAGCCCUCCGAUGUCACUCCCAGUUUUCUCGCUUUUGCUGCAAAUGUUUCUAUUUGAUGCCAACAUCUAUGAUGCUUGAAACUAGUUACUUUGUUACUUCCUUUUUAUUUUUUGGGAAAUAAGUCAAGCACUCCUGCUAGCUGUCAAAUGUUCUUUUUUUAAAUGUUUUAAAAGUAAAUAAAGAUUGCGACAUUGUCUUAAUAGACUUGAGGAGUAAAGAACAAAAGCCUCUUUGAGCAAUGCACUGCUGUGCGCUUAAUUCUGUGGAGCAUGUCGGGCUUCACUUCGAGCCAAAGAGUCAUUUAAAGAAAAUCAAAGAAAGGAGGUUAAAAUGAUAGUUCACCCACAAAUGUAAAUUCUGUUAUCAUUUACUCACCCUCUUGUCAUUUCAAACCUUUAUGACUUUCUUUCUUCUGCAGAACACAAAAGAAAAUAUUCUUGAGAAAGUUGGUAAACAAACAGCUCCGACCCCCAUUCAAAUCUUUUGUAUGGAGUCGGACACAAUACCAAUGCAAGUGGCAUUCUUCCAAAUAUCUUCUUUUGUGUUCUGCAGAAGAAAGAAAAAUCAUGCAGGUUUGAAAUGACAAGAGGGUCAGUAAAUGAUGACAGAAUUUACAUUUUUGGCUAUCACUUUAAUAUGAAAAGCUCACCCAGUCGCAUGUUGUCAUGGCUAGCUGGCCAUUGCUUUCUCGUUUCAGUAAUUUUAUUUAUAGCUUUAGAGAUAAUUCACAAUAUUUGUUACAAUAUUAUUUAUCAUAUAAAAUUAUUUUAUGACAUAUAAGCUGUUACCAGGUUUACCCCCUUGAAAUGUGGCUAAGCCCUGUCUUACCAGUAUCAUGCAGUUAGAUGCAGUGUCGGCCAUCUGCAAUGAUUGGUGAAUGUAGUAACCUGAUUUGAUUCAUAAUCCUUGUUUAUUAUUAUUUCUCAGUGAUUAUUUCACCAAAAACUAAGAAUGCACUUAUUGUUCUGUAUAGAAAAAAGGUCAAAAGGGUUUAUGUUUUCAGUUUUGGUGUGGCAAACAUUUUAAAACUGACGAUGAUUAUCGCUGUACCGCUGAAUGGUCAUAUAUCGAAAUCAUGGUAGUUCUGCAAAGGAAGGUUUUCUGCUUGAUGGUCAUAUCUUCUGAGUGCUGUGUGCUUCAUUUUGUGUGCUAUUUAUCAUAUAUCUGUUAAUCUAUGUAUGCUUGAGUGUCCCACAUUAUCAGUGGAGCUCUCAUGUUCUGUUAGAAAACUAAGCCUUUUAAGGCCAAUCAAGAUCUCUUUUUAAAGAGCUGAUAAACUUCUAUAAGUAAUACUGACAAAUGAUUUGUUACAUAUUUAUAUCAUUUGUAAGUAUGCAUAAAGUUAUUAUUUGUUAUUUGUAUAAAUGCUCUAGUUUUAAGUGUGGUUGUUGAAAAUACAAAUAAAUACUUUUUGUUAAAA